AUGGUGAUAAACGAAAUGAAUUCAAAACCUCAAAUUUACCAUGAAAAACAAGUAAAAGAGCUUUGUGCAUUGCAUGCUCUAAACAAUUUGUUUCAGACACGGAAUACAUUUUCAAAAUCUGAUUUAGAUACAAUAUGUAGAAGUUUAUCACCAAAUGUAUGGAUUAAUCCACACAGAUCAAUGCUUGGUUUUGGAAAUUAUGAUAUAAAUGUAAUAAUGGCAGCACUUCAAAAGCAAGGAUGUGAAGCUAUAUGGUUUGAUAAGAGAAAGGAUCCAGGUUGUUUGGAUUUAUCAAAUAUAUUUGGCUUCAUUUUAAACGUUCCAUCAGACUAUAAGUUAGGAUUUGUUAUGUUACCAAUUAGGAGAAGGCAUUGGAUCACAAUACGGCAGAUUCAGGGAAACUUUUACAAUCUGGAUUCCAAGUUAGAUUCACCUCAGCUUAUUGGUAGGGGCAGUGACCUAAUAUCUUACCUGAAAGAGCAACUUGAUUGUAAAGAGAAAGAACUGUUUGUGGUUGUGAGUCAAGAAGUAGAAGAAAAACAGCUCUGGAUGCAUCAAUACACAAUUAAUCUAGUUCAAGAAUCGCACAUGAAGGAGUCACUAACAAACUGCCACAGUAUUGACAGUAUUAACUCUGAAAAUGAGUAUAGAAAUAGAGAUGCUGAAGUCCUCAGAUUAAAUGAAGUAAGAAACUGUAUUACCGAGAAUAGUUUUUAA